AUGGACCAGGCACCCCCCCAGAGUGAUGGUCGUACGGACCCUGGUUUGGGCACGGUUCGUGAGACUAUACCUAAGCCUCAGCCUUCUACUGGUCCUGCGGUUAGGCCGCCACCUUAUACACCACCGAUCCGUGAGCAAAACCGGGCCCUAGCUCAGGGUGGAAGUGCGACUCCACCUUCACCAUCUGUAUGCCCUGCUGAGACUGUAGGGCCUUCCGCUCAAGAUGAGGGUGUGCCUUCACCUGCACCUGCUGUAUACCCUAUGGGGAACUUGGGUAUGAGUGGCCUCCUUGAACGAUUCCAGUGCUUGCGGCCUCCUACAUUUGUGGGUUCUUACGGACCCAAGGAGGCUGAAUAUUGGCUAGACCGCAUCUCUAAGAUGUUGAGGAUGCUACAUUGUACAGAGCCGGAGCAGGAUGAGGAUCGAUUGUCACGUUCUCAUGGGCCUAUGAUCCCUAGGCCACGACCAGAUAUGCCGAUCAGGCCAUUCCUCGGCAAAAGAUCCCGUACCGACUCCCCUCCCAGGAUCGCGGUGCCACCAGGUCCGAUGAGGCGACCUGGUGUGACAUGUACGUACUGUGGGAAACCAGGUCAUGCGGUGGAGAGCUAUUUUACACGCAUGAGAGAUAGUGGGUUUUCGCCGCCACAGAGAAUCGACCGCCCUCGCCCUCAGGCUUUAUCGACUCCACCUCUACGGACAGCACCUGGACAUCCUUCUUUCAGGCUCCCUGCACCUCAAUUUAGGCCACCUCAGCGACCUAUGGUGCCUCAGCCCAACCAAGCUCACUAG